AUGGUUCCGUUGGUCCUUACAGGGAGCACGUUUCAUCCUGACGCGCCUCGGGUAUGCAUUGAGGACGGUUGUAUGCGCGGAUCGUGGAUGCGAAGCUUCCUUGGCAAUCGGUAUCAGGCGUUUGUAGGAGUGCCCUUUGCAAAACCACCCGUUGGGCCACUACGCUUCGCAAAUCCGGUUCCGAAUGAGCCCUGGACGGAACAGGAAUUGGACGUCAGUAGCAGUGUCGGAAGAGAACUCUGUCUACAUCAAAACAUAUUCUUCAUGGAGCGCGGCAUCGAAGGAAGUGAAGAUUGCUUGUAUCUCAAUGUGUACACCCCACGUAAAACUGACGGCAAAGAGAACAACAGCAGCUCAUCACCUAUGGCAACGUUGAUGUACAUUCACGGUGGGAUAUAUAUGUUUGGCUAUAGCUCACCGUUCGUUUUGGGUGCAGAAAAUCUGAUGGACUACCCGGUCAUACUGGUAACCAUUAUGUAUCGAGUUGGAGCUUUUGGUUUUUUGUCGACCGGAGAUGAAGCGGCCAGUGGAAAUUUUGGUCUGAAAGAUCAACAACUAGCUAUGCGGUGGAUCCAAAAGAACAUCCACGCAUUUGGAGGCGAUCCUAAACUAGUGACGAUCAUUGGCAAUAGUUCCGGUGGAUCGUCGGUUCAUCUGCAUCUUAUGCAUCUGCAGAACGAGGGACUCUUCCAACGAGCGAUCAGUCUCAGUGGCAACGCAUUGGCGUUAUGGAGUACGCCUAAGAAAAACCCAGAGCAAACCGCUCGCAGGCAGGCUGCAUUGGUGGGCAUAGAGAAUUCUGAACAGCUGACUACUUCCGAGUUAGUACAGGCUCUUCGAUCAGUCGACGCUAAUCAGAUUGUUGAGAGUUAUCUACAGCUGGCGAAUGGAUCCCGCCAUCACAUGACAAUUUACGGGCCGGUUGUGGAAGCAACCACUGUAGAAAAUGCAUUCCUAACUGCACAACCAAGAGACCUAUGGGCUCAAGGAAAAUACCUUUCAGUUCCAUGGCUCACUGGGAUCGUACCAAACGAAGGUUUUCUAUCCAGUUUCUUUACCCGCAUCAAUACCGAUUGUACGAAGAAAGCUCUCAGUGACCAGAGACAGCUUAUAGUAAGCUUACUAGGUGGUAACGGCACUUUCGAUAAUUUGUUAAAAGAACGCUUUUUGGGCAACCAAACCACAACAGAUGAAUGUUUUACAAAGCAAAACAUAGAUGUAUUGACAAAGAUUUUCAGCGAGGUGCUUUUUUUCUAUCCGCUUUUCCUCAGCGUACGCCAACAUACUGAGCAUAAGCACCAGAAGGCACCUAUUUUCUUGUACAAGUUCAACUAUAAAGGAAAAUAUUCGUUCUCCUCCAUGUUCGACACAGACAAAUCUGUAGCACAUGACUAUGGCGUAGUGCAUCCUGACGAAAUGAUCUAUAUUUUCCGCAUGCUAAUGCUGUUCCCAAUCCCCCGACGAAACUCGCCGGACGCGAAAGCGUCACAACGGUUUAUCGAGCUGCUCGUUAACUUCGCACGCACGGGAAUCGCCCCAAAUGGAAAGGACGUAGGGCAUCUGGAGGCCUCAUCUCAUGACCUAGAUACGAAUGAUGCUGAAUUUCCUCUUGCAUUCGAGCUGAUCAACACCAAUCGUACGGAUGAACCUGUUGCACAAAGAUUCGUUGAUAUUUACGAUGAGGAAAUGUUUAAUUUUUGGAAAUCGUUUUUCGGCGACUAA